UUUUCAAAAUAAAUAUGAAAUACAACAGUUAAGCUUAACCUCCUUCGAAUUUCCAACACUUUAUGGGCGUUGCUCCAAACUAGUUCAACUCUAAUGCCAAAAGUUAGGUAAUCUAUUCUUAAUUUAUUUGUCAUAGACAUUGAAUCCACAAUAACAGAAUCAGUUUGAUUAAUCUAGAGUCUCAAAACUGCCUGCUUCUAAAGUUGAGGAGAUCAAUUAGCACCAAUCUCAUGAAGUUAAUCAUAGUCAGAUUGAUCUCCAUUAGCACUCAUCUAAAGGCUAACAUUAUCAUCCUCUCACUAUGCCAUGCAAUUGGGAUUUGGCUAGAAAACAUGCUUAAUCAAGAAGGACUGCUUUAGAGAAAAAGAAGGAUAUUAAUAAAACUACGAAUAGUAUGCUUAUUCCUAUUAUCAAUCAGUUGAAACCUGUCCUUGCUGUGGCUUUGAAGUGGAGAGAGAUGAUAUCCCAUAUUGUUCAAAUCCUAUGGCUUUAUCAUUUCUAGGUUCUGGAUUCACCUUAUUUUACAAUUAUCUUAAAUAUUGCAUAAUAAUUUUGUUCAUAACUUUGGUCACUAAGCAGAUCUAUAAUCUCUAUACCAGUUAUGAGGGAUCAUAUUGUAGCCACCUUAAAAGAGAAAAAAUAGAAGGACACAUUGUAGAAUUACCAAACUGUUCAGAAUCAUUGUUCUUGAAAUUAUCAUUGGCUAAUAAAUUGGAGUAUUUUAUAUUUUUAAAUUAGCAAUCGCUAAGCUUUAGAGCAUGUGCAAAUCUUAAACUUUAUAAACCUAUUUAUUGUAAUGAUGGUUCUCAUCUAUUUUAGAAAAAGCUAGAGAUAGAUUGAUACAACUAUAGACGAGGAACUCUUGACACCUGCUGAUUAUACUGUUUGUGUCAAGAAUAUUCCUCUAGGACUAGGAUUAAAUUACAAAUGGGAGCUGUAACAUAUGUUUGAGACUUGUGCAGUUAUUUCAGAUACAAAAUCUAUUGUAGUGAAGAAGGUUGUUCUCGUUUACGAUAUUGAAGAAAUAAUCGAAAUGGAAAAACAACUAGAUGAAUUAGUGGAUAGGAAGAAAGAUCUUAUAAAAGAAUAUGAUUAUAAUUUUAAUCAUCCAAAGGUCUUGGAAAUGGACUCUAAAAUCAAAGAGCUAGAGCAUAAAAUACAUGAGACAGAGAAGGAAUAUGAAAGAGAAAAUAAAAAGUUUGCUGGAAUUGCAUUCAUAUCAUUUGAUGAUGAAAAUAUGAAAAAUUUAGUGUUGCAGGAAAAUCAACAUACCCAAUUUGAGAGAAUGAAGUCAUAUUGGAAUAAGGGUAAAUUAGAAGGAUUGUCCGAGAAUGAUUUAUCAUGGCAUGACCAAAAAUUAUUUAUUGAACAGGCUCCAGAACCAAAUGAAGUGGAUUGGGAAUUCAUUCAUGUUAAGACUGAAGAGAAGAUUAGCAAGAGAAUGAAGGCUUGGAUAAUUUACAUCUUAGUUGAAAGUGCAGCAUUCUACUCAAUAUAUCUGAUAUCACAUAAAGUGGCUAAAUAUGGAGAUGAGGCAAGAGAAGAAGAAAUAAAAGGAAAAUUGGAUCAUAAUACGAUGUUGAAAAUAAACAUUCUAUCUUUUAUUAUCUCCUUGAGCAUUGUUCUUUUUAAUAAAUUUGCAGUUGCUAAAAUAGUUCAUUAUAUUGUAGAUGACGAAAAAAUUUCCAGUAAGACUAAAUUUCAAAUAUCGUUUGUGUACAAAUACGCCUUAGCAUUAUUUUUGAAUGCAGCUAUUAUUAGUUUCUUGGUGGAUAUUGUAAUUUUAAAGAAUGUAGAAGGAGCUGGAGGGUUCUUACAAAACGAAAGUUAGAUUUUUAUUCUGAAUGCUAUAUUACCUCCGUUUAUAUGGUGUAUAGAUCCAUGGAGCUUAUGUAAAAACAUCUGGAGAUGGUAUAUUGUAAGAAAGGGUGACAAAGCCUUAUUAACUUAAUAAGAAGCAAAUACAUUAAUGGAGGAGCCAGACUAUUUGUCAGCCAAAAGGUAUUCAGAUAUUAUGAAAACAAUGUGGUUUACUUUUCUAUAUGGUACAGCCAUUCCCUUGGGCACAGUUUGCAGUGCUUUUGGAAUCCUGAUCUACUAUUAUGUUGACUAUUAUAACAUUUUAAGGAGGAGAACUGUGAAGGAAUCCAUCAGCAUUUAAUUAUCAACAGGUAAAUGCAAUUUUAAAUUUAUUAGAGAUGAUUGAGAUGUUGGAAUACAUAAUCGUAUGGAGUGCCUUUGGAGAAAUGAUCAUGACAUAUGCAUUCUUCAAAGAGAUAAGUUAGAUUGAUGUUCUGUUGAUGGUGAUUGCUAUCGUCUAUGCUUCCUUACCAAUGGAAGACAUCUCGGAAUAUUUGUUCCCAGUAGUCAACAAUGAAGAAGUAUAACUGAUUGCUGAUAUAAUUUAAAGAUUAAACCAUAUGACGAAGGAUGUUUGGGAUUUGAUACAGAUUAUGACAGAGAAAACCCAGUGACCAGACAUAAGGCUAUUGAAGAAUGGAACGAUAAAUAAAAAUUGCUGAUCGAUUCAAACUACAAAAUUCAGAAGUACUAUCAAUAAUAAGAUCAAUUUGGGUAUAACAAUGACGGCCAUUACGGUAGAAGAUGA